AUGCUUGGAUUACUGAACCACACGGGUAUAAUCCCGGUUUCUAUCAUCAGUUCUGGGAUACAUGUGGCGCAAAAGUUUUUCAUGCAGGUUGUGCUUGGCUCAAAACCGGAUUGGCCGUCGAUAGCUCUUUGUAAUGUUAUUUACAAAGUGAUAGUGAAAGGUCUUGCUAAUCGUCUCAAGAGGAUUUUAGGAAAGUGUAUCUCUAAUAAUCAGUCAUCUUUUGUUCCCGAUAGAUCUAUUCUGGACAAUGCUAUGGCCGCUAUUGAAGUGGUGCACCACAUGAAAACUAAAACUAGAGGAAAAGUUGGUGAGAUAGAUCUUAAAUUGAAUAUCAGUAAAGUUUAUGAUAGAAUUGACUGGGAUUAUUUGAAGGACAUGCUUACCUUUAUGGGUUUUUGUCAAAAAUGGAUCGGGUGGAUUAUGCUCUGUGUUGGAACAGUGGAGUAUUCAGUGAGUGCGAAUAGUAAUAUGGUCAGACCUAUUAUUCCUGGACGUGGAUUGAGACAGGAGCUAAUACCGAAAAAAACUAAUGUUAUGAAAGAUAUUUUGGUUACGUAUGAGGAAGCUUCUGGUCAAGCUAUCAACUUAUAUAAAUUUGAAUUCUACUACAGCAGGAACAUUGAUUCUAAUACCAGGAAUGGUUUAGCUACGUAUUUAGGUGUUCAACGGGUCUUACGAAUAGGUAGUUAUCUUGGGUUUCCUUCCAUGAUUGGCAGAAGUAGAACAACAGCUUUUAGUUUUAUCAAGGACAUGAUUUGGAGAAAAAUUAAUACUUGGAGUAGUAAAAGUUUGUCACAAGCAGGGAAAGAGAUUAUGGUAAAGUUUGUGCUGCUAUCUAUUCCGACCUAUAUUAUGAGUAUCUUCUUACUUCCAUCAUCCUUAAUCGACAAGAUUGAGAAGAUGAUGAAUUCAUUUUGGUGGGGUCAUAAAAGAGAUAGAUCUAAAGGUAUACAUUGGCUUUCUUGGGACCGCUUAUCCAUACCGAAAUAUGAUGAUAGUAUGGGCUUCAAAAGCAUCAAUGCGUUCAACCUUGCGAUGUUAAGCAAGCAAGCUUGA